AUGGAGUCUAUUCCGCCUUCAUAUACUCCUUCCCCACCAUCACCGUCGUACUCUCCAUCCCCGCCAUCGCCGUCAUAUUCGACACAGCUUCUCCCAGGGGAACAAACAGUUGAGGAGACUCGACGCCAGGCUCUGCAAACUCAGAAUACUGGAGUCUUUCGUAGGAUAACAGACAACAUCACACUUGUUUUAAGAGAUCAGAGACCGGGGAGCAUAAAGCCCGUUUACGGCAGAAAUGGACUCGUUCGAGGUCACAUAUCUCUGCGAAGUUCAGAAGGUCUCACUGAGGUCACCUUGAAGCUUGAGGGUCACCUUCGUGUUGAGACAUCAGGGACAACCAUCACCACGUCGGUUGUAUCCGACUCGUAUCCUUUGUGGAGUUCUUCGUCCACCGAGCCUUGUCCCAAGACCCUACCGUUUACAAUAUUCUUUCCUUCUGCUUUCAUGGAUGGAUGUCAAUCGCGACCUUUGCCCCCCUCAUUUGAGGAUAAACUUGCGACAGCUGGCACGUGUUCCUACACGCUUAGCGUCAUAGUCUCAAGACCCCGAAGAUUUUUAUCUUCUUUCCGCUCUAGUGAUUCCCUCGUGGUACCCGUAUGCUAUCAUCCAUGUUCUCGCCCGCACACACCCAUGCUUCCGAGCGACGCACCGUUCAUGGCCACGGUGAAAAGCUCUCCCGAAGAAUGGCAUCAAGUGCUCUCUUCUAUGAAUGCAACAAAGAGUUCCGGGCUCACGCCGGUACAAUGUCUUCUCUUUAUUCCUUCAGUACAGGUGUAUCCAUUAUCUGAGACCAUACCGUUCCACCUCCAAUUGCGUGCACCAUCGAGUUCAUUAGCCCAAUUUAUUGAAAAAUCUGUACCUGAUCGCGGCCUUCCUGUACCCCUCUCGGGGGAAAUCUCCAUCCGCGUCUACUUGCUUCGCCAAGUAGUUCGUAAAGUAUUCGAAGAACAAAGAUCGUCCAGUCGAAUAUUAGGAGAAGGCAAAUUGACAUACUCCGCCCCCCUGCCUGAAAAUCAUCAUUCAUACCGCAACGUUCCCCUUGGCGAGGGCAUUGACUGCCUGGACUGGGAUGGCGAACUGCGAUGUACCGAAGAUGUCACAGUCGCAAGCUUCACAACAAGCGUGCUCUCCGUUAGAGAUUUUAUUGUGCUCUCCCUUGAACCUUUGCAACCUAUAAACUGCCCGCUUCUUGCGUCAAAACACUAUCAUCCGAUUCGUCUGGUGACAGACCCAUGGUCGGAACAUGCAGUGACUUGGUAG